AUGGCGUGGAAGGAGGAGGGACAAGGGAGAGCUCCUACGACCUUCGAGAUCUACAUUAAUAGAUUGAAGGAGGCGAAGGAUCAUCUCAUCGCAGAGGCCCUCGAGUUGAGAAACCUGAAGGAAAGCAUAGGCCAGGUCAACCAGUCGCAAAGUAGGAAGGCCAUGGAACUGAGGUUGAAGAAAGAGCUGGAAAAUGCUCCGACCGAGGCUCUACCGAGCUACAUUGUAGAGUCGGUGGAGAAAUUGGACAGAGUACUGGAGAAAUCCAGCAACCUCAAGGGGGAGCACCAAGGCGCCUUGAAAAAUGCGGCCGCGACGAUCUCGGCAGCACUGACGCACCUGAUCGCGAGGAGGGACGGACACGAAGAUGUCCACGAGAGAGAGGCGGAAAUUGAGAGACUCCGGCAGAGAUCAGCCGAGUUGGAGAAAACAGUAAAAACUGUGACGGAGGAGAACGACAGCAUGAGAAAAGAGUUGUCGGCACAACAGCAAACGAUGACAGAAAUGAAAAGUCAAUUAGACUGGCUGAAGGAGGAACUCCAGAAAGGGGAGAGAGGAAAGGUUCAGCAAGAUAGGAGGCGGAGCCGAGAAAUGGUGACAAGGAAGAGGAGAAGGACGAUGUUGUCCACCUCUCCUUCAUCAACCUCUCCCCUUCCAUCAGAGGAAGAGGACGAGGGCGAAGAGGCGCCCACGCCGACGGUGCUCGGGGCUGAAUGCCCAAACAUCUCCAUGGCGUGGAAGGAGGAGGGACAAGGGAGAGCUCCUACGACCUUCGAGAUCUACAUUAAUAGAUUGAAGGAGGCGAAGGAUCAUCUCAUCGCAGAGGCCCUCGAGUUGAGAAACCUGAAGGAAAGCAUAGGCCAGGUCAACCAGUCGCAAAGUAGGAAGGCCAUGGAACUGAGGUUGAAGAAAGAGCUGGAAAAUGCUCCGACCGAGGCUCUACCGAGCUACAUUGUAGAGUCGGUGGAGAAAUUGGACAGAGUACUGGAGAAAUCCAGCAACCUCAAGGGGGAGCACCAAGGCGCCUUGAAAAAUGCGGCCGCGACGAUCUCGGCAGCACUGACGCACCUGAUCGCGAGGAGGGACGGACACGAAGAUGUCCACGAGAGAGAGGCGGAAAUUGAGAGACUCCGGCAGAGAUCAGCCGAGUUGGAGAAAACAGUAAAAACUGUGACGGAGGAGAACGACAGCAUGAGAAAAGAGUUGUCGGCACAACAGCAAACGAUGACAGAAAUGAAAAGUCAAUUAGACUGGCUGAAGGAGGAACUCCAGAAAGGGGAGAGAGGAAAGGUUCAGCAAGAUAGGAGGCGGAGCCGAGAAAUGGUGACAAGGAAGAGGAGAAGGACGAUGUUGUCCACCUCUCCUUCAUCAACCUCUCCCCUUCCAUCAGAGGAAGAGGACGAGGGCGAAGAGGCGCCCACGCCGACG